AUGAAAAUAGUUACGGAGUUUUUUGCUUGUACAAUUUUCUUGACAGUGUUGACUGUAUCCUGCCAGGCAAAAGAACGUAACGCCCAAGCAUACAUGUUCGGAAAUUCGUCUGUUACAGGUGUUGUCAAUUUCACCGAAUCGGCGUCUACAGGUGGCGUAAGGGUUUUCGGUCGAAUCACAGGAUUGACGCCAGGCAAACACGGUUUUCACGUCCAUCAGUAUGGAGACAUCUUCACCAAGGGAUGUGACUCUGCAGGGCCUCAUUUCAAUCCUACCAAUGCACUUCAUGGUGCACCGGAGGACAGCCCCCAUCAUCGGCAUGCUGGCGAUUUGGGCAACGUAAUCGCCAACGAUGAUGGUAUUGCAAACAUUGACAUAUUAGACAAUGUUUUGAAGCUUCGCGGCCCUGAUUCCAUUGUGGGACGAUCCAUCGUCGUCCAUGCCUAUGAGGAUGAUCUCGGCCGCCAAGACACUGAAGAAAGCAAAACGACAGGCAGUUCUGGACCCCGUCUUGCUUGUGGCAUCAUCGCCAUUGUUCCCUGAAUUUUAGAACACAGUAUAUUUAUUUGAAUUAGUGGGUCUUAUACGGUUAGCUGAA